AUGAUCGUUGACCUCACGCACACCCUCUCGACGACAGGCCCGAUGUCCGCGUGGCCAGGCCACCCGACCUACUCGGCCGUGCAGACGUGCUGCAUCCCACCCGACCCGUCCAACGUACACGCGAUCUCCCUCGGCACACACACGGGCACGCACAUUGACGCGCCGUUCCACUUCGUCCCGCACGGCGCGAAAGUCGCCGAGCUCGAUCUCGCGCUGCUCGUCGCGCGCGCGGUGGUCGUCGACGUGCGAGGGAAAGAGCCGUGCGGCGCGAUCAGCUGGGGGGAUCUCGAGCGGUGGGAGGCGCAGAUAACGGAGGGCGUCGUUGUGAUUUUUUGCACCGGGUGGUCGCGGUAUUGGGGCCAACCGGACUAUGCGAACCAUCCGUAUGUCGAGGUCGAGGUUGCAGAGAAGCUGGUGGCGAGGGGAGUACGUGUCAUUGGGAGCGAUACGUUCAGCCCGGAUCAGCAUCAGAACGACCGAGCUCCGGAUGAGGUUCACCGCGUUAUAUUGGGUAAUGGAGGGGUUAUUGCAGAGAACUUGUGCAACCUGGAGCAGGCGCUGGACCUGGAGGCGCCUACUAUCAGCCUGCUACCCCUGAAACUAGAUGCAGGCGACGGAGCGCCUGUUCGUGCGGUUGUUUGGUCGCCCUAA